CAUUUAGGACACCCAAAUGGUACCUGAAUCAUAUUCCGCAAUAUACAUGUAUAUUCCAUGAGUGGGAAUUUCUUUUCUGUAUUACAUGUAUGAGGGAAUCGUGCGGAGCUCGGGGUAGUCACUUUACCCGUUUCUAGCCCUAUUUUUACCUCUCAAUUGAAACGGCACAAUUUUGCCGGUAAACUUCAAUGAGUUAGGCCUUUAUUCGGGAAAUUUCUUGUUCUCUAAGCAUUAUUGUUGAAUUCGCAAUAUCUUCAAUAGUUUUCGAGAUAGUCCCUAGGAAUUAUGUCCUUUUUCAUGUUUUUCACCGAAUUGUUCUUACUUUUUGGAAUUCCUUGGAAUACAAUUUGAAUUUUUCCAAAGAGUUACCGGACACCAUUCCAAAUCACAUAUAACCUCAACCAUGAUUUUGGGUAGAGGUCAUCUGUAAUUCGUAAAAAGUGGACUUGCUGACUAAUUGUAAACGGGUGAUCAUCCUCGAUAAAUUCAAAAUUCCUGAGAAUAACCUGUAUUUAGAACACUGACGUCGAUAUAGCAGAACUCGUGAAGCGAGCGGUAAGAUACAGUUUGACGACCCAUGUUACCCGUAUCGCCGACGCCGAGCAUUUUAGUUGAGUCCGCACUGUUCGAGGUCACUGAGAGGGCUUCAAUAGACCCUAUUUCGCUGGCUGUCUUUAAAAAUCUUCAGUCAACGACGUAGCUAGAAGCCGAAGAAAAUGUAAUAGUACAAAGCUACGAUGUGCAGCUUUCAUUCAUGAAAUACAGUUCUUGGUAGAUAAAAAUUAGACGUAUGUGUAUGUACGUACGUACGUACGUACAUCUAACACGGUGAAUCGUGAAAUACCACUUUUUAAGAACAAUAACUAAUGAUUCUGCAGAACCUUAAGUUAUGUUUGUCAAAAUGUUACCUUCAUAUGCCGGUCUGACAUAUUUUGGAAGGUUGUUUCCUUUGAAACAAUUAUUACGAAGUAGCGUUAAAAAGUUCAGUUCUGAUAAGUCUGCAGCAGUUAUUCUAGGGAUCGAAUCGAGCUGUGAUGAUACUGGCUGCGCAAUCGUAAACACUGAUGGAGUGAUACUUGGAGAAGCAUUGCAUUCCCAACGUUCUGUGCACUUAGAUAAUGGUGGAAUAAUACCUCCCCUUGCCGGGGAAUUACAUCGGCAAUGUAUUACCAAAGUAGUUGAAGAAGCUCUGGUGUCAGCUGGAUUAAAACUUAAAAAUAUUGAUGCCAUAGCUUCAACCGUAAAACCUGGUCUUCCAAUGUCCCUUAGAAUUGGAACUGAAUUUGGAAAGUAUUUGUCUAGGAUUGGAAAUUUACCAUUCAUUCCCAUACAUCAUAUGGAAGCUCAUGCUCUAACCAUUAGAAUGACUGAAAAGGUAGAUUUUCCGUUUUUAGUGUUAUUAAUAUCCGGUGGACAUUGCCUGAUUGCAUUAGCUGAAAGCAUAGACCAUUUCCUUCUGCUGGGUUCGUCAAUGGACGAUGCUCCUGGUGAAGCUUUUGACAAAAUUGCUCGUAGAUUGAAGUUGCGAAAUAUCCCAGAAUUCGCAAAUUUGUCUGGAGGUGCGGCAUUAGAAAAAGCUGCAAGCAAAGGCACGGAUCCAAAUCGAUUCCAAUUCAUGAUACCUAUGACGCGUCUUCAAGACUGCAAUUUUAGUGUAUCAGGAAUUAAAACUGCUGCAAUUCAACACACAAAAAGACAAGAACGACUGCACGAGAUUGAGGGUGACCAACUAAUACCAGAUCUAUAUGACUUCUGCGCUGGAGUUCAACUAGUUCUGACACGACACUUAUGUCACAGAACUCAACGUGCUAUGGAAUUCAUUGAUCGAAAAAACCUCAUCCCCGAAGGCAACAGAACUCUGGUAGUAUCUGGUGGAGUAGCCUGCAAUAAUUAUAUUGCACAAGCGCUAGAAACAGUAAGCUCAGAAAUGGGUUACAAGUUUUUAAGGCCAGUACCUAAACUUUGUACGGAUAAUGGAAUUAUGAUUGCCUGGAAUGGAGUUGAGAGAUGGAAGGCUAAUUGUGGUGUUUUAAGAGACCAAAAGGAAAUAGAGAAGGUCGAUAUUGAUUCAAAGGCUUUGUUUGGUGAGGACUGGAGUGAAAAAGUAUCAAACGAACGAAUAAGUUGUAAAUGGGUGAAAAUUCCAGAUCCAAGGAUACGGAAAAGAUGAUCAUGACUUAUGAACCAAUCGAUGUAAAUAAAUGUCAUAAAUUCGAAA